UUUUCGAGUGCUUAUUGAUUGGGUGAAUGGGAGAUAGAUUCAUGAUGUCUCCUAACAUAGCUACUUCUUUGUAUAAUCUCACUUUCGAUGAGGUUCAAAGCCAGUUGGGGAAGAUAGGGAAGCCAUUGAAUGCUAUGAAUUUGGAUGAGUUGUUGAGGAGUUUGAUAGCUGUUGAAGACCCAUCUUCUUCAUCUGCUGCUUCUUUCUUUCUUGGGAACAUCAAUUUGAAUGGAACGUUGAGCAAGAAGACAGUCGAUGAGGUUUGGAAGGAGAUAGUUAGUCACGGCAGAGGCGGCAAUGUCAAUGCCAUGGAUAACCAGUUCAUCCAACACCGAUUGACGCUCGGCGAAACGACACUAGAGGAUUUCCUCGUUCGUGCCGGUGUCAUCAACAAUGGGAUUCAAGAAGCUGUUCUUAAUCAUCAACAGUUCAUGGCGAUCGACCCGAUGGCGGUGGUUUCGCAUCAGGCUGAUUGGCUUCAGUUCCAAAUGGCUCCCGUCCAGCACCAGCAGCAACAUCAAAUGACAAUGAUGGAUUCGAAUUUCAGUGUUCCGGAGUCAGUUUAUGAAAACCAAGUUGUGGAUGUCGGGUACAAUGACAACCAACUAGCUAUUACAAUGCCGAUGCCUGCGAUGUCGGCGACGUCUUUGGAAUCUCGGCCGACUGUGGGGAGGAAACACAGAUAUUCAGAUUUGACGGAGAAAACUAUUGAGAGAAGGCAAAAGAGGAUGAUAAAGAACCGCGAGUCAGCAGCAAGGUCCAGGGCAAGGAAGCAGGCUUAUACCAAUCAAUUGGAGCUUGAAGUAGAACAAUUAAAGAAAACGAAUAGCUGGCUCAAAAGGCAAAAGGAAGCAGAGAUGUUGUUGUCCUCAAAUACAAAUGAUACAGUGCCGAAGAACCAGCUUCGGCGUACCAGCUCAGCUUCAUUUUAGGAUAUUUGUUCAUGCCUUACACCAUUUUUUAUUCAUUACCAGGCAAAA